AUGCUUUUUAAUGCUGCAGUGCAGGAGGCCGCAACGACGGGUGUAUUCGUGGAUCCAAGUACAAUAUCAACAAGUGCCAGCACUUCCAAAUCCAAAGCCGUGGGAGCGACUUCUUCUGCUUCCACAGGACAAAAUGCAGUUGAUGCAAAUGCGAAUAACAAGACAACAUCAAGCUCAAGUAAUUACAACAAGAAUAGAGCAGAAGAUGUACAAGGUGAUAUGUUUGCAAGCAUGUAUCUUGUCAGCGGCACGAUUUCAGGAGCACACAGCGGAACAAGCAAUGCGCGGCGUGUGCAGUCAAGUAUUCGCAAUCUAGAAGCCCAAGUCAAGCGCGGCACGUGGGUCACAAACGACUUUGUAA